AAGAUGUACAAAAUGUGCACUCUGUCAACUUAAAUCUCAUGUUAAUCUGAAGUAUAAUAGUUGAUGACUUAUGGAAGUCUGGUCUGAUAAAUGACGGAUUGUUCAGCAUGAUCGUACAGACGGGAAAACCGGCUGGUGCCCAGACUGAUCUUUGGAACGAAGUGAUCGAUUCUUUCAACACAUUCAGCGUACUAAGUCCAGCCGAUGUAUCUCAUACUCUGAUAAACGCACUGACAAAGAAACAACACUAUAACCUGCUAGCAAAAGGUGUUGAGUGGAUGAUUUGUACACAUAAAAAACUAGUGUGUGGUUGUCAACUACGCUACAAAUAUAUUCCAGAGAGAUUAUUUAGUUCAAUAAUAUCCUCUUUUUCUCCUCAGUCUUCAGAAACAGAUAUUUUUAUAGGUCUGAACGACGACGCAAGUUCCUCCAUUCAUUCAACGGAGUCUGACAACCCUCAAAACGAAAUUAAGAAAGAUGGACAGGUACCUUUGGAUUGUUACCAAGGAGACAAAAUUAUCGAUGAAAACAUUGUUCAUGUCAGUACAUGUACAACCAACAAUUCUGGACAAGAAGUUUCUUCAGAUGCUGGUAAAUCUUGCUCCGGUGACAAAGGACAAUCGCCGCCAGACAUCAGUAUUCCUACGAGAGGUCAAUCCAGGUUGACACAAUCAUUUUCUGGACCAAUAGCUACAACCACUGAAACAACGUCCGCUCAUUGCCAACCGAGGAGACCAUCUGUAACAAGACAACACGCUAUUUUGACCGAUGACUGGGAAAUAUCUUGUGUUUGAAAUAAUGUCAUGUAUGAUAUAAACUUUCAUUGAUUGCUAUAAUUUGUAGAAUGACUGUAAAAUCAUUGAUAUGAAUAUAUUUCAUAGUUUAUACUAUCUAUAUAAACAUAAAAUAUUUUCACAAGAGUUUUCAGUUUUAAGCAACAUAGUUUACAUGAUUUAUAUAUAUGAACAGAUGUAAUUGACAUUUAAUUAUUCAUUUACUCAACGGAACAGAUAUUUUAUAAAAGAGAACAGAAGCCCAGAUGUCUGUAUAAUCAACAAAAAUCGGUACAUUGUUAUAAUCAAAUUUAAGAUAUUAAUUUAAUAGUAAAAUAUUUUAAAAGAAUAUUCUGUUAAACAUUUCUUAACAGCAGCUGCAACAACAAAGUUUACAAAGUACAAAUGUAAUUAAUAUUCUACUGAACCAAUGAAAGAUUAAUUAUUGAAAUUCUGUCUACGUUUGUUUUAACUCUUUAAAUAUAUGUGUCGAUUUUCAAGUGUUUUAAAUCUUGCCAUACAUACAUGUAUUUACCAACAUUAAUAAAACUAGAUUGUAAGGUCAGCCUUCUGAUGAUUUAAGUGAUAGGUGACGAAAUGGAACGUUGACCUGGGUAUUUCUCUGCACCACGGACUUUCUGCACGAAAGGUAGUGCUAGGAAAACUUUAUAUUCAAACAAAUUUGUCCAUAUAGAUCACUUGCAUAUAUACAGAAACCUAUAAUCAAUAGUGAUAAUAAAAUUCAUAAAGAGUACUGACAGAUCUUAGUAAUUCGCUUAUAAUCAGUAGAUCUUGGUAAGUCCGUGCUUACCGACUGCGCUUGGUAAUCCGGUCCUCAUCGAAUGCGCUUGGUAAUCCGGUCAUUACCGACUGUGCUUGGUAAUCCGGUCAUAAACGACUGCGCUUGGUUAUCCGGUCAUUAGCGACUGUGCCUGGUAAUCCGGUCAUUACCGACUGUGCUUGGUAAUCCGGUCAUUACCAACAGAGCUUGGUAAUUCGGUCCUCACCGACUGCGCUUGGUAAUCCGGUCUUCACCGACUGCGCUUGGUAAUCUGGUCCUCACCGACUG